AUGGGAAUUCUGUCGACCAAUUUUUUGGCCAUGGCGAAAUCCAAACUCAAGUAUGUCUCGUCAACCUUGUAUUCGACUGCGUCUCAUGUUAAAUCCCAGGCACAUGUGCCACGGGGUUUUGCGGUGGAUGCCAACAACAAGAACAACGACGACAAGGUCCGGUUUCUGUUCAUGUACUUUGUCAAGGAUCUCAGGUAUGCUUCGGUAAUUUCUGCUGAAACCUCGUGGAAAAUAGAUGAACUCCGCUCGAAUAACUUCAUUAUGUUCACACCCCAAAUUGACAAAUGCGUUAGAGCGUUGGGUUGUAGAUAUGAUAUUGUCGACAGUAUCGACGAGCUGAUGUUGGUGUCCAGCUGGGACGCAGGAUGCUUAAGGAAACAUGAUAUUCUUUGGAACCCCACUAGCCAAGAGAUAAAGAUCAUUCCUGUUUCUCCCUACUGGAAACGUCGUUUUACGGAUAUGUUAUUUGGCUUGGGAUUUGAUCCCGCCAAGCCUCGGGGAUAUAAGAUUCUCAAGGUUCUCAUAGACUACUGUGAUUUCAGAGCUCCUCCGGAGUUCAGAGCCGAACUGUACUCACUCGAAACCGGUUCUUGGAGGAAAAUCAAGUAUCCUUACCAGCGAGAGGGUGUGCCGACUAGCCGAGGCAUUCGCAUAGGCGGCUCUUAUUAUUGGGCACUAAGUGCCAGGCCUAAGUCCAUCAUCUCAUUCGACUUUGCCAGUGAAAAGUUUUCCUGCCUUCUUCCUUUUCCGGGGAAGAUUAGAUUUAGAGAAUCCGAAUAUCUUCUUGUUGAGCUUGAUGGCUCGCUUGCUAUUCUUCUUCUGACGGAUGACUGCGGUAAUGCCCAAGUGCCUUAUUCCACCGAUAAGGCUCAAGUGUCUUAUUCCACUCUCGAAAUUUGGGUGUGGAAUGAUGAGUCGUGGUAUCUAAAGUCGAAACUGGAGAUCCCUGUUGUUGUUGAUCAUGUCAUAGGUCUCUUUGAGAAUAAUAAAUUGUUUCUCCUGGACAUCACUGGCAAGGUGCUGCUUUUCGAUGUUGCAGAGCCUGGAUCGGUGCACAUCACAGGCAUCUGUGCUGAUUCUAAGGUACUUUCGAUUAUGCCGUAUGUUGAGAGUUCUGUUCCGCUCAAUGCAUCAGAAUAA